AGGAGGCUUGGGAGGGCCCCAAUGGGAAGGAUUGGAAGAAGGCCUCAGAUGAAGAAAUGGGGAGCAUCAUCGAGAACGACACGUUUGACUUGGUGAACCUACCUCCGGGGCGUAAGGCGAUCUCUUCCAAGUGGCUCUUCAAGCGCAAGACCGACGCCGACGGCAACAUUGAGCGCUACAAGAGCAGACUUCCUGCUGAUAUGAUGACCAAGAGGCUGGUUGAGCAGCAGCAUUGGAAGUGUUGCAAGCUUGCUGGGAUGGCUCUGAACUAAGGGGAGCAGAUUCUAAGGCCAACAAUCCAAGGGGGAGUUUGUUGGUGCAACCUUAUGGCUUGCACUCGGCU